AUGGAAGACUGGAACUCCGUCACCAAAAUCGGCAGCAAGACCCGCGGCGGCGCCGGUGGCCCCCGCGAGACCGUUGUCAAGGGCAAGAGCGCUUUGAACGCCGCCCAGCGUUCCGGCGGUAUCCUCGCCACUGAGAAGAAGUACACUACCGGCAACGUCUCCGCGAAGUCGGGUGCCCCCGAGGGCCAGCACUUGACCAAGGUCGACCGCAGCGACGACAUCAUCAAGCCUAAGACCGUUGGCUACGCCGUCGCCGAUGCGAUCAAGCGCCGCCGUACCGAGGAGGGCUACAAGAUGACGCAAAAGGAGCUCGCCACAAAGUGCAACACCACCAUGACCAUCAUCCAGGACUUCGAGCGGGGCACCGCAACACCCGACCAGAAGGUUCUCGCCUCCAUGGAGCGUGUGCUCAACAUCAAGCUUCGUGGCACCGACAUUGGCGCUGAGAAGUUCCCCAAGAAGAAAUAA